CAGAAACAUGACCGUGGGCACCGCGAUCAAGACGACGACGACUGCGGCUCCGAAGACCCCGAGGAGAACCUUGGCGAUGGAGACCUGCGCGGGGUUGAACACACACGAGUCAUGAACAUCUCCCCGACACAACACCGACAUUUCCCAAGGAUUUUUUGAAGGAUGAGGUAUUUACGGGGCGUCACUGAAGAUAACACGAAGCAGAUGGGCGGGUCUUCUUCUUCUCCUCCUCGCCCAUUGGCUGAUCAGUGCUGUCACACAGCGUACUUGUGACAGCUUCCGCCAGCUCGGAUCCAGACCUACAGGAAGUGACAGCCGUGUAACAAACUAUUCCGCACUUAGUCUCAUUUUAAAGACAUACAACUUAUUUUAUUUUUGUUUGUUCGCAGUGAACAGUCAAAUGGCGUAUCCAGGAUACGGCGGGUAUGGGGGACCGAUGCCGGGAAUGCCAGCUCAGGGGAUGCCACCGCAGGGAAUGCCGGGAGGCCACAUGCCCGGCCACAUGCCCGGGCACAUGCCCGGGCACAUGGGUGGGCACAUGGGGGGCGCACCCCCCCAUGGAGGAUAUGCCCCCUACGGUGGAGGCUAUCCAGGCACAUAUGGUGCCCAACAACUAGCUGCCAACGAUCCAAUGUGGGGUUACUUCACCGCCAUAGCGGGCCAGGAUGGUGAGAUCGAUGCAGAGGAACUCCAGAGGUGUCUGACUCAAUCCGGUUUCACUGGGGGCUACUCGCCUUUCAGCCUGGAUACCUGCCGGAUCAUGAUUGCGAUGCUCGACAGAGACUUCACAGGCAAGAUGGGUUUCAAUGAGUUCAAGGAGCUGUUCACGGCUCUGAACGGCUGGAAGCAGAACUUCAUGAUGUUCGACCAGGACAGGAGUGGAAGUAUCGAACAUAACGAGAUGACUCAGGCUGUCAAUGCUAUGGGCUACCGCAUCAGUCCUCAGGCUGUGAACGCCAUCAUCAAGCGCUACAACAAAGGUGGAAGAAUCUUCUUCGACGACUACGUGGCCUGCUGCGUCAAGCUGCGAGCUCUCUCAGAUAACUUCAAGCGGAGAGACACCAUGCAGCAGGGAUCCGUCACUUUCCCGUACGACGACUUCAUCAUGUGCACGAUGGCCAUCUAAGAGCCAGGUCAGGCCGUCUGACGGGGGCUGAUCCAGGACCUGAAGAGGGAAGGCCAGUAAACUAGACUGAGCUGCAAAAUGAGAGCAGGCAUCGCUUUUAACGCUUAACAUAAAUGCUUUAGUCCUGUACGUCACACUGGGGUGUGUAGAGGUCGUAUCAGGUGCACAUAUAUAUGUACACACACACACAUAUGUAUCCAUAUAAAAGGGGAAUAUAAUAGAUUUGUAUAAUACAGUUCUGUCUCAAUAGUAAAAGGAUGAUCUGAAAUGUGGGACGCCUAAUGUGCCAUUAUAAUCUCUGAAUGUAUGAUCUAAUAUAUUAAAACCAUUUCUAUAGAACUUCAUCAUGGUCAACGAACGGAUGAACACGACGUUGAACACGUGCCGUAUCUGAGUUAGUUAUUUUAUAAAAUUGUAGAACAUUAGACGUUAGAUGUUAUUUUCAGCUUGGUGUUGAACUUGAUAACGAGCCAAAGUGACUGUGAUCUGAUCCACACUGAUCUGAACAUAUUAAAGUGUCGUCGUCGUCAUGUUUCAGUACAGAACACAGCCAGGGUUCUCAAUUUACACACAGUGUUGUAUGAAAUAUCAUAUUUUGUUAUUCAUAAUAAACAAUUUAUAUUCA